CCGGAUCACCGCACCAUGGCAAGCGACGAAAAUGCCAUAGCUCAGGCCCGAAAUAUCCUUGGACUGACCAAGGAUGCAGAGUUCCUUCAAAGUUUCGUUCGAGUCGGAGUCGGCGAUGAAGAGGAGGAAGCCCCAAUUCCAAAGGCGUCGAUCAGUAAGCGAGCGCCGCAGUCUGGCGAAAAAGGCGAAAAUGAAGUGGAGGAGGAAAAACACCCCGGGAAGGAGAGAAAGGAGUCGAUCAAGCCUCGUAAAAGAAAGGAACGUAAGCCGAAACGGGAAAGGAGACGCCGGGAGGAGGAGCUGUAUACGGACAAGGACCGCGCGGCUGCCGUGGUCAUGGGCUACAAGGAUAUCAAACAGUCUCUGAAUAUAAAAGACAAGGCGGAGAGGAGCAGCGCUCUGCAGCUUCCCAUAGAAGCGGACGCGGGCACUCUCCUGGCGCUGGCCCGCGCUGAAAUGAUGCGGGAACGGUAUAGGACGGCUGUAUCUUUCGUGGACAAGGCGAUUGAGCUAGCCCCCGAAGAGAAGGCUGCUUACGUCGCUCGAAGCAGAUGCUAUUUACUGUUGGGCGAGCCACGGGCGGCGCUGACCGACGCUGAAACCGCCCUGAAGCUUGAUCCCAAGCACGCCAAGGCGCUCCUGCAGAAGGCUGAGGCUCUGUACUACUGCGGCGAGUUCGAAAUGAGCCUGGUCCACUACCACCGCGGACUGCGAGCGAGACCAGACUUGAGCGAGUUCAGACUGGGCGUCCAGAAAGCACAGGAAGCAAUAGAGAACACAAUCGGUGACGUCAAGCCAGUGAAGCGACCGCCACCCAAGAGGCGUUCUUCCUCCAAGUCCCAGCGCCCUGUCCUCGGCCAACUGAUGUCAGACAAACUUUACCUCGAAAACUUGCUUAAAAACCCCGACCUGGCCAUCGCCGACAAAAAGAACGAUGUCGUAACGAAGCAGGCAGAAGAAGCAAUUAGGUUUUUGGAAAAUAGAGAGGAGUUUUGGAGACAGCAGCAGACUUGUUAAUCUUCGCUUGUAGGCAGAGAAUACACACACUAUUAGUUGUGGCUGAACAAUAAUCGCAUGCGCAGUUAUCGAACAACGUACAAUAUAACUAGCUUUAUUAUAAUACA